AUUCCGACGCCACGGACCGCUCCUCGCUCCAGUCGCCGCGGUCUUAGGAUGGUGCAGAAAUCCCUCAACGGCGGCGUUUACCCAAGUCAAGCCGCCGAGAGGAAGCACAAAGUGGGCUUCGUGGGUCUGGAGCCCGGCGGUCCCGAAUCGAGCCGGGACGGAGCGCUGCUCAUCGCGGGCGCCGAGAGCGGCAGCAAGCGGGGCGGCGGCAUCCUGUGCAGACCCAGGGCCAGCAUCUCCGCCAGACCCCCCAAGAAGAACGCCAGUUACCGCAAAUUGCAGAAUUUCCUCUACAAUGCGCUGGAAAGACCGCGGGGAUGGGCGUUCAUCUACCACGCGUAUGUCUUCCUCCUGGUCUUUUCCUGUCUCAUUCUCUCAGUCUUUGCCACUAUUCGAGAGUUCAAAAAUAGUUCAGAGAGUGCCUUGUACAUACUGGAAAUCGUGACCAUUGUGGUGUUCGGAGUGGAGUACAUCGUGAGGAUCUGGGCCGCUGGCUGCUGCUGUCGAUACAGAGGAUGGAGAGGGAGGCUCAAGUUUGCCCGGAAGCCUUUCUGCGUUAUAGACAUGAUGGUGCUGGUCGCCUCGGUGUCUGUGCUGGCGGCUGGAUCUCAAGGCAAUGUUUUUGCCACGUCGGCCAUCAGGAGUCUGAGGUUCCUACAGAUCCUUCGCAUGCUGCGUAUGGACCGGCGUGGGGGCACUUGGAAGCUGCUUGGAUCAGUCGUGUAUGCCCACAGCAAGGAGCUCAUCACAGCAUGGUACAUCGGAUUCCUGUGCCUCAUCCUGGCUUCUUUCCUGGUCUACUCGGUGGAGAAGGAGACCAACAAAGAGUUUGAAACCUAUGCCGAUGCCCUUUGGUGGGGUCUGAUAACGCUCACCACCAUUGGCUAUGGAGAUAAGGUUCCCAAGACUUGGAAUGGGCGUUUGCUGGCAGCCACCUUUAGUAUGAUCGGCGUGGCCUUCUUUGCACUUCCUGCGGGCAUCCUUGGUUCUGGUUUUGCCCUCAAAGUCCAAGAGCAGCACAGGCAGAAACAUUUUGAAAAGCGACGCAAUCCCGCUGCAAGCCUCAUCCAGGCUGCGUGGAGGUUUUACGCAACCAACCUUUCCCGCACUGAUCUGAUCUCCACUUGGGAUUUUUAUGAGCAGACUGUGGCGACCCUAAUGUACAGAUUAAUUCCACCUCUGAAUCAAUUGGACCUGCUGAGGAAUCUAAAAGGGAGGUCUUUCAGGAAGGAGUCCCAAACAGAAUCUUCUCCAAGUCGGAAGGCCAGCCUGAAGGAUAAGGUGUUCCCCAGUCCUUCCAAGGCUCCGCUGGCCAAAGGGAAGGACCAGUCCCCUGGGCCAGAAGACGGUGCCGAGGUGAGCCCCGGCAAGGUCCGCAAGAGCUGGAGCUUUAUAGAGAAGAACCGAGGGCCCAAGCAUGCUUUCAGAGUCCGGGGCAGCGCCUCGCGCCAAAACUCAGAGGAGGCGAGCUUUCCAGGAGAGGACGUUGGCGACGACAAGAGUUGUCACUGUGAAUUUGUCGCUCAAGAAUUGCCGCCAGGGUUAAGGGUUGCGAUACGAGCAAUAUGCAUCAUGACGUUCCUGGUGUCAAAGAGAAGAUUCAAGGAGAGCCUUCGGCCGUAUGAUGUCAUGGAUGUGAUCGAGCAGUACUCUGCAGGCCACCUGGACAUGCUGACCCGCAUUAAGAACCUGCAAUCCAGGAUAGAUAUGAUUGUUGGGGCCCCUCCCCCAUCAACACCUCGCCAUAAGAAGUCCACUGAGGGUCCGAGAGUUGACCAAAUAGUGGGUAAAGGUUCAAAAGCUGAGGCGGAGGCCGCAGAGGACCCGAGCAUGAUGGGACGUCUGCUCAAAGUUGAGAAACAGGUAGUCUGCAUGGACGGAAAGCUGGAUUUUCUGGUCCAUGUGUAUAUUCGACGCAUGGGCAUCCCUCGCUCUGAGACAGAGGCCUUUUUUAACUCCAAAGAACUUUAUCCUGCGCCGCCUUACCACAGCCCAGAGGGGAGCAAGGAGAAGGAGGAGAUGGUCAAGCAGGAACGGGAGAUGAAGGACGUCUUGUGCACCGAUGGGUCUUUAGAGCAGAAAGACCCUUUGUCGAUCGAGCGUGCGGCGGGAUCGGCGGGUUCCGCCUCUGGUAGUAACAGUCGGCCUUCUACCUCGUGGCAGCAUCAGCUGCAGCACCCCGUCAGCCAGCCGGCCUGGAACAGCAGCGUGGCCAAUACCCCCUCGCCCGUCGGCGGCGGAGAUUCCCCCCGACUGUUCCGCCUCCCCCCUCCGCCCGCUCCGCUCCAUGACCGUUCCAGCCAAGAGAGCGGCUCCCUGAGCAGGAGACGCCACCGGAGGCAGAGGCGUCGUCCGCAGGAUGCCGCCAACGCUGAGAGCGACACGUCCCUCUCCAUUCCGUCCGUGGACCACGAGGAGCUGGAGCGCUCCUUCAGCGGCUUCAGCAUCUCUCAGGCCAAGGAGGACUUUUUCGGGCCGUCUUUCUUUCCAGAAUCCGGUGGCGGCGGAGGCGGGUCCGCGGCCGGGACUGGAGGCGGAGCUCCACCUCCGCUCUGUGCCAAGGUGAGGCCAAUCCUAGCGGAGGGUGAAUCUGACACAGACUCUGACCUCUACGCUCCCUCGCCCCUGUCCUUCACUGGUGAGGCCUCCUGCGGGGAGAGAGGAUGGCCAGGACUCAAGUAGCUCCGCCCACCGUUGCCCGCUCGGCAAAGAUGCCAAAACGGUCACGUGACCCAGAAGCCAAUGUUGCUCAUGAUUUUGAUUGACGGACGAUGAUUUACUACUGGACAUGGGCACGAUAUGCCCUCGAGACACUGCCUUUGUCUGGGAUACAACACGGCAAGCAAUGCUUUAAAACAUUGCUUAAAUAGGAGGGGGUGGGCAUUUUUUUUAUUGCAUUCAUUUGCAAUAUUUUUUUGUAUUUGAGUUAAAGCUUCAAGGUAGGCGCUUCAGAACUUAAAGGAAGGACGAAUGUGUACUUCAUCCACUCAAGCGCAAAAGUGUGAGUGGAAUUGUUUUGAUCCCCGUUUGUUCAUUCAUCCAAACAACAACAAAAAUGUUAAACAAGAGUUGUGGCGCAUAUACAGUGCAUCGAGAGAGAAUACAUACCACUACCUUUUCCUCGAUUUCUUUUGGUGCUGCAGUUCCACAAUUUAAUUUUUGUGUUACAGCCCCAAACUCAAAAGGCCUUCAUGAGGACAAACCCUGUAGAAAAUGGAUGGCUGUUCUGAAAAUACUGUAUAUUUUCACGCAAAAUCUUAUUUUUAAAUUCUGCUGAAGAUAAAAUGGACACAUGCACCAGAAAUACUGUACGCACAUGCCUAUUUCUCAUUCUAUGGGCAUGCAUUAAUGGUGCGAUUGAAGAGAGAAUGGGCAGCCAGCAAUACUUUACGUUUGCAAUUGUUACUUUCCAAAAAAAAAAAAACAUGAAUGAUGAUAAAAGUACAUUUCGCUGUGUGGAUAGCAUAGUGGUUUGAUAAGGUUAGCUAAUUUAGAGACAUAUCUAAAGUGCGGAGAUUACCAAUGAAACAUUCGCGUGAUUUUCAGUGUCAUUGUUCAGCCGACUAUUACUGGAGCUCCCUCCGUUAUUUGCCCAUUCGUGAAGCCCCCGCCCGCAUGGCAUGUAAAUGGUUAAUUUCAGGAGCCCCGACAGGCAUUUUUGGCAUGCGCUCCGCAGAUUUGAGUAACAAUAGAUUCAAAUGUGGUGCAUGCAAAGCACUUUUUAUUUUGUUCACGUGGCGUCCUGUCGUCUUGUCGGAUUGAGUAAAAAGGAAAACAAAACAUGAUGAAUGUUUAGCACGGCGGACGACUGGUUAGAGCGUCUGCCUCACAGUUCUGAGGACCCGGGUUCAAUCCCCGGCCCCGCCUGUGCGGAGUUUGCAUGUCCUCCCCGUGCCUGCGUGGCUUUUCUCCGGGCGCUCCGGUUUCCUCCCACGUGCCAAAAACAUGCAUGCUAGGUUGAUCGAAGACUCUAAAUUGUCCGUAGGUGUGAAUACGAGUGCGUUUGUAUGUGCCCUGCGAUUGGCCGGCAACCAGUUCAGGGUGUACCCCGCCUCCUGCCCGAUGAUAGCCGGGCUCGGCUCCGGCACGCCCGCGACCCGCGUGAGGAGAAGCGGCUCAGAAAAUGGAUGGAUGGAUGUUAUGUUUAGCACACCUUAUUUUACCUUCAAUACAUCAAUUAGGUAAGUUGCCGUUAUAUUUGCUCUGUACUAAAUGAGAGAAGGCAAUAAAAGGCAGCCACAAAAGGCAGUCAAGUGUCUUCCUCCUUUACAAAGGAAAAUCAAGAUGGCCUUAUUUUACAGUACUGUUUCAUAGGUUCCAAAAUAAUCGACAUUCUCAAGUAAAUCUCAAAAAGUGAACGAUUGUUGCAAAUUAAAAAUGUAGCUAUCCACGGUAGCACGAAGAGCAUGGAAAGGAAGGGGACAAAGCAUGUUCUAACCUCAUUCGCAGCAAAGCAACUCAAACGUGAACGGAACAACAUACAUACAAUAACAUUUAAUAGAGAUUUAGCUUACAGGAUCCACAAUCUCUAUUUUUCCCAAAAAAAAAAAAAAAAAAAAAGCAACCCGCUGGCAUGUUUACUACCAGCCAGAGAACUGACUUUUAACACCUUCAUGUAAUUGCAAC